UACUUAUCUCUUUACACCUUUCAGAUCCUCACAGCAGAGUGUGCCUUACCUCAGCUGAUCAGGACGAUCCCCUCAGCUCUUACAUCAAUGCUAACUACAUCAGGGGCUAUGGAGGAGAGGAAAAGGUAUAUAUUGCUACUCAGGGACCGAUAGUUAAUACUGUCACUGACUUCUGGAGAAUGGUGUGGCAGGAGCGUUCUCCCAUCAUUGUCAUGAUUACCAAUAUAGAAGAGAUGAAUGAGAAAUGCACAGAAUAUUGGCCAGAGGAACAGGUCACCUAUGAAGGGAUAGAAAUCACAGUUAACAGAGUCAUACAAGCAGACGAUUACCGUUUAAGGCUCAUCACCCUGAAGAAAGGAGAAGAAGUCAGAAACCUGAAACAUUACUGGUACACGUCUUGGCCAGACCAGAAGACACCAGAUCAAGCCCCUCCUCUGUUACAGCUAGUGCUGGAAGUGGAAGAGGCCAUGCAGAGUGCAGAGGAGAAGAAUGCCCCAGUGAUUGUUCACUGCAGUGCAGGCAUCGGGAGGACUGGCUGCUUUAUUGCAACUAGUGUGUGCUGUAAACAGCUGAAGAACGAGGGCAUAGUUGACAUAUUGCGAACAGCCUGCCAGUUACGGUUAGACAGGGGAGGAAUGAUCCAGACUUGUGAACAGUAUCAAUUUGUCCAUCAUGUCAUGAGCUUGUACGGAAAACAGCUUUCUAGAACAGCAGAAGAAUAAAUGUCCAUUAUAUUCCUAAAGGCUAAAGCCAAGAGAACUUUUGACUGCAUUCAGAUAUAUUUCAGAUCUGAUAAGAGACACAUGGUAACCUGGCUGUCUUAGCUGGAAAGCUAUAUUAUUUUACUUUGAUAUUGCUUUUAUGCUCUUGUUUGCAUUGACAUUUAAGAGCUGAGGUACACCUUGUCUUAAACAUACGUGACAGGACAUUAUCUUCACCAAAAAAGGCUUAUUUAUACUGUAAAUAGGAAUAGUAGCUUCAUUUGUUACAAAAGCAAGAAAAAAAAUCAGAAAAAAAUCCACUCUCUUCAGUUUGCUACUUUUUAAAAGAUCAUUGCUAAUAUAUCCAAAUACAGUGUGAAACUUUUUGAAUUGUCAUGCUGCAAUGUGCCGUAUGUUGACUACGCUUGAAAGUAACUUUUUGCCUCUUUCUGAUUGUUUUUACAUAUAAAAUUACCGAAUACUGUGUAUAUCGUAAACUUUCUGAGCCUCUGCAUUGAAAGAUUCAAGUAGAUUCACAUUGAAAUGAUGUUUCACACAUCACGUUUGCUUGUUUAUUUUUUCUAAAGCAGUCCACCACCAGUGUUAACAGAACUAAAGGGGGAAAAAUAUUUCAAUUAUGUGAGUCAAAUCCUUGCCUCAAAUUCUUACCUUGAAUUCUUACCAGCAGUGUAGCCCAGUACCAUGAAAGCUGGCUGAGUAUGAGACAAAUAGUAGAAACAGAUCCAAACAUAAAUCCUUCACGUUUUACCUUUUCUUUGUCAAUAUUUUGGCAUUUCAGUCAUCUGGCAAACUUGCAAAUAGUUUCUAUUUUUAAGCAGCCAGACCACAACCUGAAUACAAUUUCCUCUGAAAUCUGAGAUUCGAAAUUGGGUGAGGAAUUUUGUGAGUUCAUAUUUAUUAAAAAUCUAUUAAUAAAAUCACUUGUAAUCUGUGAAUUUAAACUCAUUUCAAAGCUUUAAAGGUGACCGGGUGCCCAAUGCUUAUUAAAAUUAAUAUGAAUUCUAUAGGCAGCUUAAAAAAAAAAAAAUCAGUCUGAACUUGUUGGCUGCUUUUUGAUAAAUUUGCCCUCAACCCAAAUUUAGAUAAUCAUUAGCCCAUUCUAACCACUAGUGUUUGCUUUUAAGUAUUACAGCCUGCUGCCCAUGUUUUUCGUUUCAGAACUCAGUCAGACUGUGAAGACCGUAUUUUGUGUUUAAUGCUUACAGAUAACCACAUGUUUAAGUGCUUCACUGAGCAGAGAAAAAUGGAGGUAUGCAGGAUCCUUGACAUGAAAGAUGAGUGUUUUGUGAAUAGAAGCUGUAAUGACCUACUAAAAAUAUUUUUGCUUCACUUUAUUUGUAACAAUAACCAACACCCACUGCUUAUGUUAGUGCAGGAGAUUCUGCGAAUUUACUGCACUUGCUAAUCAGGAGCAGGUAAAGCAGCUCUCAGAACAAUAAGGACUGAUCCUGCUCCCAAUGAUGUUUUGCCAUUGACGCCAGUAGGUGCAGGGUAGGACCUGAAAUGUUAUGCCUACAACUUCUUCACUGUGGGGAAAGUUUCCCAUUAUUUCAGUACACAUCUUUGUGUUUAUUCUGUAUCCCUGAACCUGUAAAAAUCCUGUCUGCAGGGUUUGCAUGAAUGUGUGGCAAAAUGUGUUAUCUUUAAACCUCUUGAUUUUAUUGCUGUAUUUAAAAUAUUUCCUUCAGUGAGAAGCUAGCAGGAAGAACUGGCAUUCUUUUUUAAAAUACUGGUGGUAGUCAUUAAAUAGAGCAAUAAACUUAAGCUUUUGAGCAUAACAUGACUGUUAGUUUUAUGUAAAUCUUGAUAGCUAUAUUCUCCCACAGGUACUCGUUUUUUCAAAGGGGUAAAACUAUUCCAUCUAAACACUCCUUAGAAAUAACAAAAUCACCACUGAUGUUCUAAAUAACGUUGUAAGUGGAACUCCUUAUAAAUGUUUUCAGCUUUCGGUGCCCUUCAGUGUCAAAACUGGCUCAAUGAAUAAAAUUACUUGCUCUGU